UCACUCCCCCAUCCCCUUCCUCACAAAAAGGCUUUGCACUCUCCAAGCUCCAUUCCAAUUCCAUUACCCUCCUGACCUGAGGCAGAGCGUAACAGAGAGUGAAGGAAAAAACAUGGCGGCUUCACUACAGGCGGCGGCUACGCUUAUGCAGCCCACCAAGCUGGCCGCGCCGGCCAGGAACGGCCUGCAGCUGAGGUCGUCCCAGAGCGUGUCAAGGGCCUUCGGGGUCGAGCCGGCUGGGGCCAGAGUGAGCUGCUCUCUUCAAGCCGACCUUAAGGACUUGGCCAGCAAGUGCGUCGAGGCUACCAAGAUCGCGGGGUUCGCCCUCGCCACCUCCGCUCUCGUUGUGUCCGGAGCCAGUGCUGAGGGAGUACCUAAGAGGCUGACCUAUGACGAGAUCCAGAGCAAGACCUACCUGGAAGUGAAAGGCACAGGGACGGCGAACCAGUGCCCGACCAUCGACGGUGGGGUUGACAAAUUUGCCUUCAAGCCCGGGAAGUACAACGCCAAGAAGUUUUGCCUUGAGCCGACCUCCUUCACUGUCAAGGCUGAGGGUGUGAACAAGAACGCCCCGCCUGAGUUCCAAAACACCAAGCUCAUGACCCGUCUCACCUACACCCUUGAUGAGAUCGAGGGCCCCUUCGAGGUCUCCCCUGACGGUACUGUCAAGUUCGAGGAGAAGGAUGGCAUUGACUACGCUGCUGUCACUGUGCAGCUUCCUGGAGGGGAGCGGGUUCCAUUCCUCUUCACCAUCAAGCAGUUGGUUGCCUCCGGGAAGCCUGAGAGCUUCGGAGGAGAGUUCCUUGUGCCCUCAUACCGUGGCUCAUCAUUCUUGGACCCGAAGGGCAGGGGUGGCUCCACCGGAUACGACAAUGCCGUGGCCCUGCCGGCUGGUGGUAGGGGAGACGAGGAGGAGCUGACCAAGGAGAACAUCAAGAACACGUCGUCCUCCACCGGGAAAAUCACCUUGAGCGUCACCAAGAGCAAGCCCGAAACUGGAGAGGUUAUUGGAGUGUUCGAGAGCCUUCAGCCUUCGGACACCGACUUGGGGGCAAAGGUUCCAAAGGAUGUGAAGAUCACUGGGAUCUGGUAUGCCCAGCUUGAGCAAUAGAGGCCUUAAAUGUAUCUAAGUCUUGGGGUUGUAAUUUGGGAUUGUAAGUUGAGGAGCACUGAGACCAUUUAUCUUGAUUUGUAUAUUUGCUGUCUUCACAUAAUGAUUUUUAGGUUCCAAGCUUUUGUGCCUGGAUCAUGCAUGGAAUCGUGUAGAUCAUGAGAUUUCUUGCUGGUGGUUGAAA